AUGAAGUUUUUCGUCGUUGCCAGCCUUGCCUUCCUUUCGGGUGCCUACGCCGAGUCUACCAUCACUUGUAGUGGAUGUCCCUCGGCCGUCACGACCCCCGAUAUCGUUACACGAUCUGCCCUUCCUACUGUAUCCUGCACCGACAAGCCCCUCAAGAUUGUCACUGAUACCAAGGGUGCUUCUUCUGGAAUGGCAGCCCCUACUGGAUCCGACUCUGGAUCUGGACCUAUGCCCACACCUACUCAGGUUCCUGUGUCUGGCGCCAGUGCCAACAAGAUGGGAGGCGCUGGUAUGGCCCUCGCUGCUGCUGUUGCGGCAGUCUAUCUCCUUUAG